AUGGAUUCAUUAUCAGUCUUGAACAACGUUGUUUACACAAAGAAGAAUCUUAAGCUUUAUGCUAGACGUGCUGAAGUCAGAGAUGUUGAUCGUUUGACACAAAUAAUCAAUUGGGCUUAUAGAGGCAAGGAUGGCGCAAACCCAUGGACAACAGAGUCUCACUUGGUGGAAGGCAGAAGGAUAACUGAACCAUUGUUGGAGAAGGAAUUGUCAUCUGAUCAGAAUGUAAAGUGCAUAUUCUUGGUGGAGACCAUGCCAGAGGAGGAGGGCCAGCAGAGGGAGAUUGUUGGAACGAUCAAGAUCGAGAGAGACAAUGCAACAGAGACAUCGGCAAUGAUUGGAAUGUUUGGUGUCGACCCAUCGAUGCAGAGCAAUGGCGUGGGUGGCGUGCUGUUCAAGUUGGCCGAGGAGUAUGUCAAGACGAUGUGGCAUGCAGAUCGCGCUGUCCUGCACGUCAUCUCAACACGUGAUGAACUGCUGGCGUGGUACAAUGCCAUGGGCUACAAAGCAACCGGUCUGCUCAUUCCAUUCAACAACACUGUCAAGAAUGAUCGACCCAAACUUGAUAACCUCUGCUUCAGCGAGUUGGUCAAGCCACUACUGUAA